ACCAGCACCAGCACCAGGAACUGGCACCGGCACCCGCAUCGGACUCUGGCAUUAUUCGACACGCUUGACAUGGACGCCCGACCGGCAUGGCCACGGCCACCGGCGUCGGCACCAGCUCGGACGCUGUCGUCUGGCACCCGUCUCAUCACUCCAUCACUCCAUCACUCCUCUCGUCCGAUCCAGCCGAUCCAUCCGCACACAAUCGCUCGCAAAACACUCCUCCGCGGUACGGAAAAACGGGCACGAUGUGAAAGCCUGACGAACGGGCGCAACGUCCACUAGCGCUGCUUGCACACUGCGCUCCCACCAUGCCUCCGUCUUUGGCUGCCUUUACCUGCUGCCCGCUUCCUCCUCCGCAUCCUCCUUCCUUUUUCAUUCUUCGUCUUCUCUCCUACAGCUUCUUCUUUCUCCCAUCAUGCCCGUGCUCGUAUCCUCUUUUGCCUGACAACAUGUAACCCGCCCAAUGGCUCUAUGCUCUUCACCCCGUCUUGCGCAACCCUCGCUCUCUGGACUCCCUCCCGGAUCUGUCUUGAUGAUCAGGAAAAGUGGUCUUGUUUAUGUCCUUCCAGUUUGGUGGUUCACCAUAUUUUCUUUCUUUCGCCGUCCGCUUGCCUUGAAUCUCUUUUUUUCUUUUCUUUUCUUUUUUCUUUCCUUGUUUUUCUUUUCUUUUUUUUGAAAAAAAAGAAAAAAAAUCUUUCUUCUUUCUUCUCCUCUCCGUCCUCUGCUUCUUCGUCGUCUUUAACAUGUUCAUUUGCCUUGACCUUUCCCCUCUUCCGCUGCACACGCCCUACCCGUGGCUUUUCACGCCACUUGUCCCUCGCUGGACGGAUGGUCCCAAGACUGUAUCGCCCUUCCCUCGUCCCCCCCCCUCCAAAUUCCAAAUUUUUACUACAGGGAGCACUUGCGAGCGGGCCAUGCCAGUAGCGACCACGAGCGAGCGCUAGUGCAGUCAUCUUUGGCGCUUUUGAGUUCUCCGCCAAACACCAAGCCACAGUAACAGUGGUAACCUUAGCUGUAGUUGCAGAAUGCCAACCCCGUCAAUCCAUCGCCGAGCCGGUUCCCCUUGUCGCUGAUUCCUUCCAUCUCUGACCCUCGUCCAUUCGCCAACUGCGCCCGUGUUCCGCGCGCAUCCAGUCUCGCUUCAUCUUGAGCCAAGAUAGCCAGUUUUGCGCCUCUGAG